AUGUCCGGAGGACCCUCACGUGACGAGCUCAAGUCUCUCUUCGCCGCCGCCGACCAAGCAGUAAAGGCAUCAGCGGCGACGGCGUCAGGGCAGGCGUCGAAGAGCGCCUCCCGGAGCCGUCAACCUAGAAAGCCGACCCCUCCAAAGACGCUCCCCCGAGACGAACUGCCUCCAUUAUCGAUCAAACUUGCAGAGAACACCUACACGCCGUUCUACAGGCUUGGUUGGAUCUACACGCUGCGCGAGUUCGUUGAGCGCGUCAUGAAGGACCCCGAUGCAGCUCGGACGACCUCAUUUGAGAACAAUGUGAAGAAGCCAUUCCUAGCAAAGUACCCCCGACUUCCGCUGCCCUCGUUCAAUCUCAUUGGCACCACCGAUACUGUCAUCGUCUACAUCGCGAGCAAUGUCAACGAGUACAGCCUCAGCAAAGCUCGGUCUCAGGAAUUGGUGGAUGCGGCGAAAGACAUUCUCCAGCAGGACGAAGACCCGAAGUGGCACAGUUACGGCUGA